GAAAGAUUCCCAUUUGAAGAUAAUCAUGCCCCAUCACUCCAAAUGAUCAAGGAAUUCUGUGAAAGUGUCCAUUCAUGGCUUUCAAGUGACCCAAAGAAUAUUGUCUUGGUUCACUACAUGGAUGGUAAAGGUCGGAUAGGGUUGAUGGUAUCUUCUUACUUAGUUUACGCCGGCAUAUUAGCAGAAGAGGCUCAUCAGGUUUAUGCAGAUAAAGGGACAACAAAAUAUCUUCAAGUGAUGAUUCCAAGCCAACGACGCUACGUUAACUACUGGCAUAAAUCUCUAACCUUUUUCGAUGGUUGUUUACCAGAGGUCAACCUUCCAAAACCAUGUACCAAAGAGAUCAGGCAGAUUCGACUUUUUGACACAAAAACCAUAGAAUCAGUCUUCUUUGUUGUGUCGGAAAUGCAAGAGGUUACAGGACAGCGAUAUCGUUCACCAGCGGUUGCUUACCGGAAUUUCUGUAGAAAAAGUAGGAACAGUGGUUUUGGGAACUCGGAGAUCGAGGAAGAAGAGCCACGUAACUGUCUUGACCACUACUUUAAUGAAAAACCAGUACAGGUUACUGGAGAUGUUUGUGUGAUAUUCUACGAGAAGAACAUUGGAGGUCGUCUCUUCUAUGCUUGCUUUAAUACCGCAUUCAUUGAAAAUGACUCGAUGAAGUUUUCGAUUAAAGAAUUAGAUAAAGUUGGAAAUAAAGGCAAGUCGAUUGCGGGUUCUGAGUUCCAUGUAGAGUUACUCUUUAGUCCGGCGAACCCUAACUCUAAUGACUCAUAGCAAUGGUGAAGACGGCUGAACGAUCAUUGGCAUUCUUGUUUUGUUGGUUUCUAUCCAUUUGACAUUUGAUAUUUCAUUAAUGAACCUAGAAUGUAUAUAGAUGAAUUUUGGUUUUAUUAUGUUUCAAGAUCAAUGUCGCUUACAUAGAAUAUAUCCGUCUACGGUAAAUCAUUAAGUUGUCGUUAAUUUUAUGUGAAAGGCUGACUUGGAAAU